AUGUCUUCAGGAGAAUAAGCCCAGGAGAAGAAAACUUUGUUUUCAUCACUUGUGUAGAAAAAGUAGGCGGAGACUGAUGCAUAAAAAAUAUAAAAUCGCAUUUUAUAAUUGAAAAUAGAACAUGAAAAAGUGUUGAAACGCAUUUAAUAAGAUGAAGAACGGGCUGAUGAAAUAUAUAAACACAGAGUGGAAAUCCAAUUAAAGAAAGAAAAUAAAAUAAAGUAAAAAUAAGCAUAGCCUCCUCCAUUCUCACUGGCUGUAUCUCAUCAUCAAAGACAAAUUCUCAAGAAGAUAAAGGGUGAUGAGAUCUUAAAAAAGAAAUCAGAAGCAAAACUGUUUAGAGAAUAACUAAAAAAAGAUUUUUAGAGUGUUUAAAUGCAAAAAAGCUUGGAACAAGAAGUUUAUAGAAUAAAGGCUAUUUAAGUGAAGGAGGAAGAAAGGCAGUCGACUGAAGUAGCUGUGUUGAAAUUGAAAUAAAAAAGAGAAAAAGUUAGAUAUCAAAUAGAAAAUGAAAAGGAUUAGAUAAUUAAGGAAAAGAAGUUAUAUGAUUUUAAAAUCUCAGAAUUAGAACAAUAAGAACAAUUAACAAUGAUGGAGUUAUAAAAUUCGUUGGCUCAUCAAUCGUAUGUUUAAAAGAAAAUUGAACAAGCAUAGAAAUUAUCUCCUAGUGAUUACGAGAAAUAAUAUCAAAACAAUAAAAAUUCCGAAACCACAUAAUGA